AUGACCCGGCACGCCAAAGGAUUGCUGCUGACCGCCAUCGGCGGCGUCGCGCUGAGCUUCGACAUUCCGAUGAUCAAGCUGGGCGGGGGCGACGCCUGGUCGGCGAUGGCGGUGCGCGCGGGCAGUGCCUUCAUCGCCGCGCUCCUGAUCAAGCAGAUCGCCCAAUGGCUGACCGGCCGCACGAUCACGCUGCUGCCGGGCCGUAUAGGCGUGGUCAUCGCGGCGCUCUACGGGCUGACCGUCGUCGCCUUCGUGAUCGCGGUCAAGAACACGAGCGCGGCCAAUGUCGCCUUCAUCAUCGCGUUCACGCCGGCGUUCACCGCAAUGACGGCGUGGACGUUCCUGGGCGAACGGCCGUCGCGCGCGACGCUUCUGACGAUCGCGGUCAUGGUCCUGGCGGUGGGCAUCAUUGUCUCGGACGGUUUGCAGGCCGGCAGCCUUUUCGGCGAUGCGUGCGCGAUGGCCGCCGCGCUGCUCAUCGCCGCCGUGAUCACGCUGUCGCGCGCCGCCAAGGCCGAUGUCGGCUUUGCGCCGAUGAUCGGCGGCAUCGUGCCGACGGUCCUGGGACUGGCGGUGCUCGGCUGGCUCGGCGAGCCGGUGCGCGUCGACAAUGCGGCCUGGCAUGUCUUCAACGGCAUGGUGCUGCUGCCGAUCGCCUAUUGGUGCCUGGCGACGGGGCCGAGAUACAUCUCCGCGCCCGAGGUGAGCAUGUUCUAUCUGCUCGAAACCGUGCUGGCGCCGGUCUGGCGCCGCGCCCGGCCGUGCUGA